AUGGCUGUUGUGGAUGAUACUGAUCGCAAGGAUCAGCUGAAUGAAAUUCAAGCAUUAGAAAGUAUAUAUUCUGGAACACCAGAAUGGUUCUCAUACAGGAUAGAUAAUGAUUCACAAAUUAAAGGCUGCAUAACUGUUGUCUUAUCAAAAAUAGAUGAUGGUAUUGCUGUCCAUGCAGAUGGGAAAAUUAUUCAUGUUUAUUAUCUUCCACCUUUAUUGCUAUUUUUUACAUUUCCUCAGGAUUAUCCUUCACAUUCUAUGCCUUUAUUUUCCCUUCAUGCAAGUUGGCUUGAUUCAGCUACGAGACAACGGCUGAGAGAAAUUCUGAUUAAUUCUUGGACCAAUUAUCUUGGCAUGCCUAUUUUGUUUACAUGGAUUGAGUUGUUAAAGGAAGAAGCUAUGCAGAUUGUUUUAUCUCAAAAGAAUGUUGAUUUAAAUAAAAUUGUUUUAGAGGAGGACGAAAAUGAAGCAUUUGGAAAGGCAUCUGCUGAACUUUUGAAAACAUUUAUUGAAUUUAACGAUCGGUCGAUACAAAAUGAUUUCGAGAAUGAGUGGUAUGAUUGUGAGGUGUGCUUCAGUUUGAAAAGUGGUAAGGAAUGUAUUAGAUUUAUGCCAUGUGGUCAUGUUUUUUGCAUGGAGUGUACUUCAGACUACUACCGCCAAAAACUACACGAUAAUUCGAUUCAACAGUUACAGUGUCUAAGUAGUGGGUGCGACAGUUAUGCAACUCAAACACAAAUUCGACAAGUGUUAACUGAUAAAGAAUUUGAAAUUUAUGAACAACGUUUACUGGAAGUGGCAUUAGAUUUGAUGUCCGAUGUAGUUAUAUGUCCGAGAAUAUCGUGCCAAGCUCCCGUUAUUGUUGACGAUGGUGAAAAUUCUAGCUUAGCAAGUUGCUCACUAUGUCACUAUUCUUUUUGUAUAUUGUGCAAGAAAUCAUACCAUGGUAUAGAAUUGUGCUCUUUAAGUGAAGAAUCAAAGAGGAAGAUACUUAGUCAAGUAGCAGUUGCGACGCCUGCUCAACUCGAAGAAAUCUAUAAAAGAUUUGGUGGCAAAAAACAGGUUGAGCAAUUGCUUCAAGUUUUGAAAAAUGAAGAAUGGAUAAAGUGCAACAGUAAAGCUUGUCCUUCAUGCCAUGCCAAAAUUGAAAAGAACAGUGGUUGCAAUAAAAUGACAUGCAUAAAAUGUGGGCGUUCUUUUUGUUGGCUUUGCGGUAUUGUAUUAGAUAAGAAAGAUCCGUACAGUCAUUUCAAUAUAUCUGGUCCAGGAAGCUGUUAUAAUCGUUUAUUUGAAGGUAUUGAAGAAGAAGAAGAUGAUGAUAGUGAUGAUGACGAUGAAUGA